AUGGGAAAACCAAACAAAGAACGCAACUCCCGUCCCGCCGCCCGUGGACGCGGUAGAGGCAGAGGCGGUUCAGCCUCGGGUGGAGGUGGCGGACGAGCAGCGACGACCGGCAGGCAGAAGGGUUUGCGACAAGGGGCCCCGGUCGGGGGCAAGCGGGAAGGGAUGGACGAUGAGGAAGUUUUCAGAAGGGUUAUGGCGGGGGAGAAUCUUGAUUCGGAUGAUUCUGAAGAGAGCGAAGGGUCUGGGUCUGGGUCGAGCUCCGGAGAAGAAGGGGAGGAGCAGGAGGGUGGAGAGGGCGAGGGUUCUGAAGAGGGGGAAGGGAGUAGUGAGGAGGAGCAGCAGCAGCAGGCGACUAUUGAUGUCCCUGUGGCUAUGUGGGAUUUUGAUCACUGUGAUCCUAAACGGUGCUCGGGAAAGAAGCUAUCGAGGCAUGGGUUGUGUAACGCUAUGCGUGUGGGGCAGCGAUUCCGAGGGAUCGUCUUGACACCGAAAGGGAAAAAGGUCAUCGCGCCUGAUGACGAUGAGAUCGUGCAGAUGAGCGGAUUGGCAGUCGUCGAGUGUAGUUGGGCUCGUCUGGAUGAAGUGCCCUUCAACAAGAUCAAGUCGCCCUACGAGCGAUUACUACCAUUCUUGAUCGCGAGCAACCCUGUCAACUAUGGUAAACCCUGGAGAUUGAACUGCGUCGAAGCGCUCGCUGCUGGAUUCUACAUCACGGGUCACGCCGACUGGGCUGAGAUCUUGCUCUCGAAAUUCUCUUGGGGCCACUCUUUCUACAAACUCAACUCUCACUUGAUCGAACGCUAUACCAGCUGCAAAGAUGCGGAUGAAGUGAACGCUAUGCAAGCGGAGAUCCAACGGGAAAUGGAGGAGGAGAAGGAAGAGAGGAAACGUCUGAAAGAAGCCAACGAAGGCGGUGAUUUGCUUGUCGCCAAUCCCAAUCAUACGGGCGCCGAAUGGGCCGACAAGGUCUCGCAAGACUUGACUGGUAGCGACGAAGAACAAGAUGCCGACGACGUUGAAGCGUUGAUAAGCGGGUUGGAAAAGGCGAAUCUAGAUGAAGAGGAAAGAUUGUAG